AUGGUGCUGGUCAGUUUUUCUUGAUUUUCUCUUUAAUUACAAUAUGCCAUUAUUUACAAGGGACAUCUAAACUGUGAGAUUAUGCCAGAAGCUGAUCUCAAGCUUAUUGGAAAAAUGAAUAGUUGAAUAACAAAAUGACUGUGACGGGGUUGAAUUAAAUUGGGACUUGUUUGAGAAAAUAAUACAGAAUAAUAACUUAAUACUCUACAUUGAGAUGGGAAAAGGUAUUUUCUAUCAAGUACACACAUUACUUUGUCACAUCAAAUAAAAAAAAGCUUAAGAUUUUAAUGUUCAUUGUUUCAUCCUCCUCAAUCACAAAAGGCACCGAAUCUGUAGAAUGACCCAAGAGUGUGCCUCACCUGCCCAGUUUGAACCAUGAAGUGGCGCUACACAGGGGUGUCAGCAAGAGUUCAAAACUUCUGAAACUGAAACAGACAAGGCUCUUCUGACCAAUAGUACCAAAGGCCAUUUCAACAAUCUUGACCUCAUGUGAGGACGAGAUAUCAAAUUAAUUACAAUCUGAUGUGUUCCUUGAGGUCAACGUGUUUGUAGGUGGUGUUCUGUCUCAGCUGAAGAACAUCUCCUUGUCAAGGUCCCCAACACCAUGUGAAGACAUGUUUGAACGUCUCCAAUAAGUCUAGAUGGCAGCAUGACUACCUACAAAGGCAUCACAUCUUCCCAUAGUCUUUCAACAAAAAGUCUCCAGAAACUCUCUAGUCAUGCGUUCCAAACCAAAGCUGAGCAAGGGGUGAGUGAGGUCCUCUCUAGAUAA